CAUAGCAGGAAGCAGCAGACGAUGAGUCCGAGGGUCAUAUUUCAGUAAAACACCGGCAGAGUGACGUAAUGAUCGUGGAAUAUUUUUCUUAGACAUACAUCAAGUCCUAUUGUGCAAGACUGACAGUCGCACUCCUCCCUGCAGCGAGUUUAAUUCUCCAGGACAGUCGCUUAUAUAAAGAGGACAGUUCGUCUUUUAACACACUGUGAUGUAAAUACAGCACGAUAUGUCGCGUGUUACCAAUCCGCCGCCGAACUUUUCCUGGGUCGAGUCUCAGAAGCUCGCCGGACUCGCAUUGCCGUCAGAAACGGGACAUUAUAAGUUCAUGCUGGAGAACGGCAUCCAACAUCUGGUGUGCUUGUGCGAAUCCAAACCUCCGAAACACGACAGCUGCCCGGGACUGACCCUGCAUCACAUCAGCAUCGUGGAUUUCACACCACCCACUGUCACUCAGAUCGCGCGAUUCCUGAACAUUGUGGAGGAAGCCAAUGGCAGAGGAGAGGGUGUUGCGGUUCACUGUAUGCACGGACACGGCAACGGGACCAUGCUGGCCUGUUAUCUGGUGAAAACGAGGAACAUUUCAGGUCUGGAAGCCAUCAAAGAAAUCCGACGGGUUCGUCAGGGGUCAAUCGAGACACAAGAGCAAGAGAAGGCCGUGAUAGAGUUUCAUCGAAACAUUAAAGACGGUUUCUGUGCAAACAACAUCAAUACUCCCUCCACAUUUAAAUCCAUAUAAUCACAUUUCUAAAGUCCCAAAAUGUCUGUUGUGGCUACUAAUCCCUGUGUGAGUCAGUAAUGCAAACCUGCAGUGUUAUGAACACAAACAGCAUGUGUUGCUAGGAGCACACACCCAUAACUAAUCCAACAAAGUACAAACACAUCAUGUAACAUACCUCUCUCUCUCUAUAGGUAAACUUUACUGUAUGUUCGGGCUUGUCUGUCUAUCCACAAAACUUGAAUUUAACUUGUAAAUUGAAAAUAUGCUUCUACUCCAAUAAAAACAAAACUAUUAAAAAUGACAAGACUACCA